GUGUAAAGUGUAGACAAAAAUGGUUUCUUUAAAUGUGAAUUGACAUUGUAACCGGUGUUUAAAAUAUCUUUUUUUUAAACAAUGGCAGAAGACACAAAAUUUAUUGUUACAGAAAUCAAUAAACUUUUAUCGCGAAAUUACAAUUUAAUUUCGUUUAGUGCAUUAAGCUCUGACGAUUUGCUUCAGGUUCUCAGUGACAUAUUAUCAGAAAUCGAGCAAAAGGAAAAUGCAAAAAUUGACAUUAGGACUGAAAAUCCAGAGCAAAGUUCGAUUCGAAUUUUUUCACUUCUUCGAGUACUAAAAUAUCAACCAGAUGCUGAUCCUGUAUUAUUUAGACAAGGUCUAGUGAAAGGAGAGACGGAAACAAUUUAUCCAAUUUUAAAAUGGAUUUUAUCAAAUGUCAAUAUUGCCCGUCAACGUGCUUAUUUAUCCCGUUUCCUAGUGAAGGUGGAAAUACCAGCGGAAUAUUUAUCAGAUCCAGACAUUGGAUCUGUAUAUGAAAAAUAUUUGAAUAUGGUAGAGGAAUUCAAGAGUUUACACAAAGAUAGAGAAACCGGACGAAAGGGUGGAGAAACUGCUGCCGAAUUGAAAGCAGACGUUGAAGCGAUGGAGAAAGAAAAAAAAACUCUAAUUGGAAGAAUCGAGCGAAUGAAAAUAAGAACAGAACCAGCGAAACAUUUAUUAGAAGCGGCUCAACAUUUGCGACGUGAAAGAGAUCGAGAACGUGAAUUGGCCACACAAAAAUCACAAGAAUUAGAAGCUCAAGAUGCAGUCGAGAUUGCUCUUCAAAGGGCAGAGAAAGAAUUGGAAUCACUAAAAGAAGAAGGUGCUGGUCUUACGCCUCAAACUGUUUUGCAACGAUUAACCGAGGAGGUCUCAGUAUUGACAGUAAUUGCCAAUGAACGUCUACCAGAAGAGAUAAAAAAUAAAAAACUCCAAUUAGAAGCUCUAACUGCGGUUGUCGAAUCGCCUUAUAUUGGAACUGACGAAAUUGCAGCUUUGAGAACAAAAUUGGAUGCCGCUGCAAGAGAAGUUCAAGAAUUAGUCGAGAAGAAGGCUUCCGAAAUGGGUUCUGAUAAAAUGACUCCAUUUAGACAGCAAGCUGCUGCAAUUGGGAAUAUUAAGAAAAAUACUAUGGAUAAAUUGGAAAAAACAGAAACAACUUUAGCAGAACUUGAAAUAAAAUUGAGGGAAAAAAAGGAGAGGGCAAAACUCUUGUCUGAGGAAUCUGCCCCCGAGGGGGAGGAAUUAAAAAGAUAUGUCGCACGUUUGAAGACUAAAAGCACUUUGUAUAAACAGUCGAAAGCGGAAUUAUCGGCUCUGAAAGCGGAAAAUGGAGUUCUUCGCCGUACAAUCGAAAUUUUAGAGCAUCAACUUUCAGAAAUUCAAACCAAUGAAAAUGAUGAGUCAAUGGUUCUUCCUGAGAAUUUCUCAAAAGAGAGUGCAAUCGAAAUUAAUAAAGGACUAGCUGAGGAAAUUGCUAAACUCCAAAAAGAAUUGGCACCGUUAUUAGAUGAGGUGAAACCAUUACGAAAAAAAGCACAGGAGCUGGAAGAAAAAUACGAAAAGGCCGUCAAUAAACAUGAUUCGGUUCAAGCAACAAUGGAAGAAUCAACUUCCGAACUGGCGCAAGAAAUUGAAUCACUUAAGGCAUCCAUAAAAGAGACUGAGGAGAAGAAUAACGAGUUGAAUAAGGAAAUGGAUAGAAUUAAAUAUAUCGAGGAUCGAUUAGAGCAAGACAAAAAGAAUUUUGUGAAUAAAAGCGAUGAGCCAACGUUAAGGGACGAAAUAAUGGAAGGCAUUCAAGGCGAGGAGAAGAAAUUUAGAAAACUUAAGGAAGAAGAGAAACAACUUGGAGAGGAAACUUCUCAAAAUGAAUAUCAAGUUCAGCAGUGGAAAAAUAUCUCAUCAAUUCUCGAGGCAAAGGUGAAAUGCGCCGAAGAAUUAAAAAAACGAGAUGGAAUUGUAGUUCGAGAAAAGGGAGCUGAAACACUAAUUUUGCAAUAAUUUGGUAAUUAUUUGAAUUAUUUCUAUUUCAUUAA